AUGAAUUUUUUCUUAAAAUUAGACUGUACAGUUGUAGCACCCUUUCGGUGCCUAGUUUCUAUUCCAAUGGAAGGCGGCAUAAGGACCAGGAUAGAGCCAUGUUGCCCAAGCCUAGACAAGAGCAGUCGAGAUGCUGAGGUUGGACUUGAGCGACGAACUUACCGGUCUACAAGCUGGCACCUUAGCCAGAAUUUAGAGGAGCUACUGAAAAAUAAUGAUCAGCAGUUAUCUUACACUUGGAUUUUGGAGCGAUUCUUGGCAUUAUUUAAUCCGGAUACCAAACGUUGUGAUUCAAGCUGUCCGACUGCCAAUGUGAUCAUCAUCAUCGACAGCAUGGCAUCAUUGUUCAACACCGAUGCUUCACUGUCACACAACCAUGAUUUGUUUGAAAGCCUUGUUGUAGAGAAAAGAGUGAAGGUGGAUGGGGAAGGGAUUUCAUGCUAG